CUAUGAACACAUAAGUAGCUGUUUAGUUUUACACACAAUUAUACAUGUCACAGAAUGUACUAGGAGUCUGUGAAACAUUCAGCCGCCCUCUUAGUUCUGAGUUUGAGACUGGAAUGCCCUCUGAGAGCGUCAGCUGUCCUCCCACGUUCACUGAUUGGCAAAGGGAAAUAUGGGGGCGGGGAUCUGGGACACUCGCUCAGGAGUCCAGACAGUGGUGGGACAACCUGAGUGCUCAGUCGUAAAGAGGAAAGGCAGAACUUUUCCUUGCCAUGGCUGCAACAAAGGCACUUUUGAUGCUGGAAAACUUCAUAGAUGGAAAAUUUUUACCUUGUAGCUCAUAUAUAGACUCUUACGACCCAUCAACAGGGGAAGUGUAUUGUAGAGUUCCGAAUAGUGGAAAAGACGAGAUCGAAGCUGCGGUCAAGGCCGCCAGAGAAGCCUUUCCCGGCUGGUCAUCGCGGAGCCCCCAGGAGCGCUCCCGGGUCCUGAACCAGGUGGCGGAUUUGCUGGAGCAGUCCCUGGAGGAGUUUGCUCAGGCCGAAUCCAAAGACCAAGGGAAAACCUUAGCACUGGCAAGAACCAUGGAUAUUCCCCGGUCUGUGCAGAACUUCAGGUUCUUCGCUUCCUCCAUCCUGCACCACACGUCAGAGUGCACGCAGAUGGACCACCUGGGCUGCAUGCACUACACGGUGCGGACCCCUGUGGGAGUCGCUGGUCUGAUCAGCCCCUGGAAUUUGCCCCUCUACUUGCUGACCUGGAAGAUAGCUCCAGCCAUGGCUGCAGGGAACACCGUGAUCGCCAAGCCCAGUGAGCUGACGUCAGUGACUGCGUGGAUGUUGUGCAAACUCCUGAAUAAAGCAGGUGUUCCACCGGGUGUGGUCAAUAUUGUGUUCGGAGCCGGGCCUAGGGUGGGUGAGGCCCUGGUGUCCCAUCCAGAGGUGCCCUUGAUCUCCUUCACCGGGAGCCAGCCCACCGCCGAGCGGAUCACCCAACUGAGCGCUCCCUAUUGCAAGAAGCUCUCGCUGGAGCUGGGGGGCAAGAACCCUGCCAUUGUCUUUGAGGACGCCAACCUGGAUGAGUGUGUACCGGCAACUGUCAGGUCCAGCUUUGCCAACCAGGGUGAAAUCUGCCUCUGUACCAGCAGGAUCUUUGUCCAGAAGAGCAUCUAUAGUGAAUUUUUAAAGAGAUUUGUGGAAGCUACCAGAGAGUGGAAAGUCGGCAUUCCCUCUGAUCCAUUGGCCAGCAUGGGUGCUCUGAUAAGUAAAGCACAUUUGGAGAAAGUCAGAAGUUAUGUCAAGAAAGCACUUGCCGAAGGUGCCCAAAUCCGGUGCGGUGAGGGGGUGGAUAAGUUGAGCCUCCCCGCCAGGAACCAGGCAGGCUACUUUAUGCUUCCCACGGUAAUAACAGACAUUAAGGAUGAAUCCUGCUGCAUGACGGAAGAGAUAUUUGGUCCAGUGAUGUGUGUCGUCCCUUUUGAUAGUGAAGAGGAGGUGAUUGAAAGAGCUAACAGCGUCAAGUAUGGGCUGGCGGCUACGGUGUGGUCCGGCAACGUGGGGCGCGUCCACCGGGUGGCUAAGAAGCUGCAGGCCGGCUUGGUCUGGACCAACUGCUGGCUCAUCAGGGAGCUGAACCUUCCUUUUGGAGGGAUGAAGAGUUCUGGAAUAGGUAGAGAGGGAGCCAAGGACUCUUAUGACUUUUUCACUGAGAUCAAAACCAUCACCAUUAAGCACUGAUCUUCGCUAACGGCGGAGCUUCUGUGGCCAAUGCCUGGCUGCAGAGAUCAGUUGCUCAGUGUGGUGAAUGAAAAUCAUGGCACUAAUUCCAGCUAUGCCUUGACGUGGCAGAAGGUUAUCUCCAGCUUAUCUUCUGUUCUUAGUUGGUAAUUUUACCCCCUAGUGAAGAGAUACUGUCUAUUUUCAAUGUGGACUCAGAAGAAAAGACUUCUAAAUAGGAAGACAG